AUGCCUUCUAUCUAUGAUAUAAUGCAGAACCUCAAAGAAAUGUUUGGGGAUCAAAAUCGUGCUACUAGGCAGAAUGCUAUGAAGGAACUUAUGAAUACUACUAUGGCAGAAGGAACCCUAGCAAGGGAUCAUGUUUUGAAGAUAAUUGGUCUUCUCAAUGAGCUAGAGAUCCUUGGAGCUAAAAUCGAUGAGGAAACCUUGGUUGAUAUCGUUCUCCUGUCGCUGCCUGACUCUUUCAAGCAGUUUUGCCUGAACUACAACAUUAAUAAGCUUUUUUACUCAUUGGUAGAACUACUUAAAGAGCUUUAA